AUUUAUAAAAUCAUACAAAUAAUACCAGAGUGACUUUUCCAUUUUUCCAAACAAAUUUUUAUAUUCAGUUGCAUAUCUUGUAGUUCAUCCAAUCCCCUCCCCUGUUUGGUUGCUAAGAAAAGCCGACAAGACAAACCUUUUAUCUUAGAUCUUCCUUGUUCGGUGAUUCGCUGCCGUGGAUUGGAAUAUUUCAGCUCAUCAAAGCAACACCAUCUCUUUAAAAGCUGAGCUGAGACUCUGAGAGUGGUGUAUAAACUGUUUGAUUUGUUGGGUAGUAUGAAUGGAAGCUAUAGCAAUGCAAGUGCAAGUGCAAGCUCAAGCUCGAGCUUGGAUAGCAGUUCUCAUGAUACCGAGGAUGACCAGACCAUUGCAACUAUCUUGGGUGAAGAGGAAAAGCUGAAAAGUGGUGGCAAGCUGGGGAAGAGACUCUCCCACUUGGAUUCAAUUCCGCACACUCCCAGAGUGAAUGGGGAGAUACCUGACGUGAAUGAUGCUACCCAAGACCAUAAGAGGCUUUCAGAAAGGUUGGCUACCUAUGAUCUAGCUGAGCUGCAAAUUGAGGGUGAUGGAAAUUGCCAGUUCCGAGCAAUAGCUGAUCAAUUGUUUCGCAAUCCAGAUUACCAUAAGCAUGUAAGAAAGCAGGUUAUAAAGCAGUUAAAGCGUCACAGAAAACUCUAUGAAGCUUAUGUCCCGAUGAAGUACAAAAGUUACUUGAGGAAGAUGAAAAAAAAAGGGGAGUGGGGAGAUCAUCUUACCCUACAGGCAGCUGCAGACCGAUUUGGAGCCAAAAUUUGUGUAAUCACCUCUUUUCGGGAUACUUGCUAUGUUGAGAUCCUUCCUAAAGAUAGGAAUCCUACCCGAGAGCUUUGGCUGAGCUUCUGGAGUGAAGUGCAUUACAACUCACUAUAUGCUACUGCAGAUGUUCCCACAAGAAGUCCUAAAAAAAAGCAUUGGCUUUUCUAAACUAUAUUAGCAAGCAGACACAGACCUUCAUGUAAAUUAACAGGAAUUCCAUUUAUUUAUUUGGACAAUUACCUGAGCGAAUUAGGAGUUAGAAUAAGAUAUCUGUAUAUAAAAGUUGCACCUUAAAGGAUCCCAUAGCUUUUCUAUGAUUCUGUUACUGCAGAUUCUGUAUAAGGAACAUGAUUCACAUUUAGAAAUUUUCUUACCUCUAUAUGGGCGGUUUCUUUUACCUCUUCACUUUCUGU